CCCCUUUGCUUGUUCCUGUGGAAGUUCCAAAAAAAAAAAAAGUCGCGAACCUCCACACGAACUGUCUCGUUCUCCUCGUGUUGGAGUGCAAAAUGAGCAGCUGACGGCUCCGAUAGAUCUCCGCCUCGCUCUCGUCUGUCACAUCUACCGUCGUUUAUCACAUGCGCUCGAACUGUGGUCCCGUCCCAUCUCGGAUGCAACAACUCCAUUACGAUUCCGCGACCCAAUCGCGAUUCCAUACUCUCCGCGUUUAGCGAUCUCGGAGAAUCGGGGGAAAGGGGCAUCGGAUGGAAGGCUUCAGCGCCGAGGAUCUGUCGACGAUCGGCGGGAUCGCGACGGUGUCACUCCUGCAUUCCUUCAUCCCCACGCACUGGCUCCCUUUCUCCAUCGUCGGCCGCGCCCAGAAGUGGAACCUCUCCCGUACUCUACUCGUCACUGCAUUUGGGGCAGUUUUGCAUGUAAUUUCUACUUCACUUCUUGGCAUCACUGCUAUUACAAUGGCAAAUACGAUUGCUGGCGAAGAAACAGUCCAUAAACUUGCUUCUCUUUUGCUUGUAAUUCUCGGUGGUAGCUACGUCUUGUUGUUUCUUUCUGGAAAGGGUGGUCACAGUCAUUCACACAACCAACCUAUGGAGAAAAUGGCUGUUGCCGGUCUGGUUCUUGUACCAGCACUAUCUCCAUGUGCGACCACACUUCCUGUGUUUCUUGCUGUGGGAAACUCGUCCUCCAUGAUGGUACUUGCCAUCGUAGUGCUGCUCUUCAGCACCAUAACGGUGAUGACCUCAUUGGUGGCUCUCUCGUUUUAUGGAGCUAGCCAGCUGAAAUUCCACUGGGUGGAGCGGUAUGACAAGCUUCUUGUAGGCUCAGUUCUGUGCUUGGUUGGAAUUUUAACUCUCAUUUUUCAUCAUCACGAUCAUGAUGCCGAUGUGGGUUCUGGAGGACAGCAUGUGCAUAGGAAAGUCAUUGGUUUCUGAUUUUUUUUCCGUUUUUUCUGUGCAUGUCGUUGCAAUUUGGCAAUGUGUAGAAAAUGUUUCUGUACCCUGCUCCUGUACUGCUGCUUGUUCUGGCACAAGCUAGUUAGGAGACUGAUUUCCCCUCGCCUUCCGGAAUCGUUCAAGUGCCUUCUUUUCGGGAGGAGGGGAAAUACUAGUUACGUCCAUGUGCCAUGUUCUUUCAAGUGAUAAUACUAGUGAAGCCAAGUGUAACUUCAAUUGCCUUUUCCAAUUGCUACGGCGGGAUUUGGUUCGACUGGAUUGCGUAUUGAACAAUGGGUUGCAUGUAUAUGUCCCACUUGUUCUGUUACGUAAACCAAAUGAUUUCUUGCUUA